CAAAGACGCCAUCUCCCAGCCUUCCUGUCACCACGGCGAUAUCCGGGCAUCCAUCUCAGGCCAUUGGUGGCUACGAUCAUUACUCCGCGAUGAAUCAAGCACAAGAAAUGUACUAUCAGGCCCCCCACAUGUCCGCUGGCCCAGCACCGCAACCACAAACCGUGACGUCGAAUUCGUUACCUCAAUACGGCCAUCAACAGCCAACAUUGUUACAGCCAGGCCCGGCUCAGUAUUCUGCAGCCCCGUAUCAGUAUGGCUACGCGAAUGGAUUGACCUCUCCUCAAUCUGCACCGCCGGCCGUUUCGGGCCCUAUGGGUGCCCAAAAUGUCCUGCCCCUUCCCGGUGUUCCCAACCAGGGAGGCAUGCAGAACCAGUACCAAGGCUUCGACACGACAGGCCAAGUUGCGCCGCCGGGGAUGAAACCCCGAGUCACUGCCACGCUUUGGGAAGAUGAGGGUAGCUUAUGCUUCCAGGUUGAGGCCAGGGGUAUCUGUGUUGCGCGUCGUGAGGAUAACCACAUGAUAAAUGGAACGAAGCUCCUCAAUGUUGCCGGAAUGACACGUGGUAGGAGGGAUGGAAUUCUAAAAAGCGAAAAAGUACGACACGUUGUCAAGAUUGGCCCAAUGCACCUCAAGGGAGUUUGGAUUCCAUUUGAGAGAGCCUUGGACUUCGCCAAUAAAGAGAAGAUCACGGAGUUAUUAUAUCCGUUAUUCGUCCACAACAUCGGGGCCUUGUUAUAUCACCCCACAAACCAAAACCGGACCAACCAAGUCAUGGCUGCAGCGGAACGGCGCAAACAAGAGCAGAAUCAGAUGCGGAACGGUCCGGGUCCAACACCCCCCGGCGGUGUCUUACCGUCCAUACAGCAGCAUCAUCACCACAACUCUGGCCGUCCAUCCCUAGACAGGGCCCACACAUUCCCGACACCACCAACGAGUGCCUCGAGUGUGAUGGGAGGCAUGGGUUCCUCAGAGAAUUUUCAAUGGAGCCAACAAGGGAUGAGCAACGCUCAAGGUCCUAACCCCAUGUCUAUUGACACGGGACUAAGCAACGCUGCACGCUCAAUGCCAGCAACGCCAGCGACUACACCUCCUGGCAGCACGUUACAAAGUAUGCAAUCCUAUUCGCAGAGCAGCCAGCCCUACGAUAGUUCUCGCGGUGUCUACAACGGCCAAGCUGCACAGCAGUCUCCGUAUCCCCCGUCAAACAGUAGCCCGCAGGACAGGAACAUAUACGGCCAAACAGGUUCCUACAUGAAGAAUGAGAUGGGCCCUCCCUCCGGGCGCCCAACCGGUGCUGGGCCAAACGAGCCAAACGAUGUCAAACCGUCAAACGGGAUGCUGCAACAUGGCGAUGUUUCUCACCCACCUGGCGAGGAUGAGGCGGAACAUGAGGCAGAAUAUACACACGAUAGCGGAGCUUAUGAUGCUCACAGGACAUAUAGCUACAAUGCGCCGCCCGUUGCAUCAUUAUCGGGCGACCACCAACAUAUGGCUCCAGAAAUGACUGGUUCUCCCAACCACCAGGCUGGGUCGGGUCGUGCUACGCCUAGAACUGCGGCGCCGCCACAACCGUACUACACUCAACAAACCGGUUAUAGUACGCCACCCCGCGGGCCAUCGUCCAGCAACCUUUAUAAUGUAAUGAGUGGUGAUAGGGCAUCUACUAAUGGUACGUCGGCAUCAGACGUUUAUAACUCUCAAUCCGAUAUGGGUGGCCCAUUGCAGAAUGGUUAUGCUCCGCAGCCGGUUAUGAACGGUGCAUCAGGCGCUUUGAAACGGGGUCGUGACGACGAAGACGACCUACCUCGACCGUCGAGUGGUGGAUUGGAUCUGAAGCGUCGGAAAACCAUGAUUGAUGGGCCCAUGCCAGCUCCCGGAUUCGACCCGAUGAACCCCCGCCCAGCCUCCGCAGCACUAACUCGUCGACGAUAAUUCUGUUAUGAUGGUUGCUCGAUGUUAUGUCGACAAUUCCCCAUUUAAGCAUUAAUCCGGGUGUUGUGGUACUUGUGCGAAUAUUGAUUCCAUCAGAACGAAUCACCUUCGCGCCAUAGAGUGCAACGCCGACUCCGAGAAAAGAAAACACGCUCCUUAUUAAUUCCCUUGAUAAUCUUUUGUAUUCGCUGCGACGAUUCAUCAUCGGCAUGCUUGGGCUUUCCUACCAAAAGAGACGAUGACGAGUAUUACGACUUCAUUCUUGAUUGUUAUUAACUGCCGUUGAAGGCCGUGUAAAUGCUUCACGAAUUGAUGCGUCGCAUGGUGGACAUUAAUUCUUUUGAGAUGAUCAUCGAUUGCUUUUUCCCCAUUUUUUUAUUCUAACGCUGAGGACAACGAGAUACUCGAGCAACGCAAAAUUCCCCGCCUAUCACGACUUCUAGGCG